AUGACCGCGUCCUCGGGGGGCAGCGGGCCCACGAACAGCUCUCCCCGCUCCAGCAAGGCCCCCCACAGCCGGCUGCACGUGCGCACCGCUUCCUGGGUCUCCUCCGGGUCCUCGGACUGCGGGCAGAGGCCGGCGCCACGUUGCUUCAGGGGGUGGCAUCUGCUGCGUCUUCUAACAUCCGAGACUACCAGGAAAGCAGACCGGGGGAGUCAAAGCUUUCUAACAGAAGGCUCCUCUUCCUGCCCUCCUUGGCUUGAGCCUUCUGAGGGCUCUGGACUAUGUCCUGGUCUCACCCUCCUGCAGCAGGUGCAGCCUUUCCUACCGAGGUGGCUGGCAGAGCCACGCCGUGUCAAGAAAAACGUGACUGCAGACCUUGUUCCUAUCGAGAACAUCCCUGAGGUCCACCCUGACCUGCAGAAGCAGCUCCGGGCACAUGGCAUCUCAUCCUACUUCCCAGUCCAGGCAGCUGUGAUCCCCGUCGUCCUCGAGAGCGCGGCCAAUGGGUUCCUGGUGGGCAGAGGUGGCUAUCGGCCCAGCGACCUCUGUGUCUCUGCCCCGACAGGCAGCGGGAAGACACUGGCCUUUGUCAUCCCUGUGGUCCAGGCCCUGCUGCACCGAGUGGUGUGCCACGUCCGUGCCCUGGUUGUGCUACCCACCAAGGAGUUGGCCCAGCAGGUGAGCAAAGUGUUCAACGUUUAUACUGAUGCCACACCUCUGCGGGUCGCCCUGCUUACUGGACAGAAGCCGCUGGCCAAGGAGCAAGAGAGCCUUGUGCAGAAAACACCCGAUGGCUACCGCUGCCUGGCUGACAUUGUCGUGGCCACCCCCGGCCGCCUGGUGGACCACAUCGACCAGACGCCAGCAUUUAGCCUGCAGCAGCUCCGCUUCCUGGUAGGCCGCCGCCCUGGGGCCUGGGUACCGAGCCGGGCUGAUCCCGCGGCGCCACCCCCACCACAGGCUGCCCCCUGGGACCUGCUGCAGAGAAGGCAGCCCCAGGCUCUGACUGCCGCCAGCACCUGCCGUCCCCAGAUGCCCUUGCAGAAGCUGCUCUUCUCGGCCACCCUGACCCAGAACCCUGAGAAGCUGCAGCAGCUCGGUCUCUACCAGCCCCGGCUCUUCACCACGGGGCUGCCGCAGAGGAGCCCGGGGGACGCAGGCGCUGAUGUGGACGGGUCCUCUGGCGGGAAAUACGCCUUCCCUGCAGGGCUCUCGCACCACUUCGUGCCCUGCAGCCUCAGCUCCAAGCCGCUGGUGGCCCUGCACCUGGUGCUGCGGAAGGACUUCUCACGGAUCCUCUGUUUCACCAACUCCCGCGAGAACUCCCACAGGCUCUUCUUGCUGGUGCGAGCCUUUGGGGGCGUGAACGCCGCGGAGUUCUCCUCUCGCCUUGGGCCUGGCUGCAGGAAGAGGCUCCUGAAGCAGUUUGAGCAGGGGAAGAUCCAGCUCCUCAUCAGCACAGAUGCCACUGCCCGGGGCAUUGACGUGCCAGGUGUGGAACUGGUGCUCAACUACGAUGCCCCGCAGUACCCGAGGGCCUACGUGCACCGGGUUGGGCGGACGGCCCGAGCGGGGCAAACCGGACAGGCCUUCACGCUGCUGCUCAGAGUUCAGGAGAGAAGGUUCCUCCAGAUGCUGGCUGAGGCUGGGGUGCCCACGCUGGAGCGGCACGAGAUCCCCGGUGAUGUUCUGCAGCCAUUGGUCCCUCGCUACGAGGAGGCCUUGACUGAGCUGGAGGGGACCGUCAGGGAAGAGCAGAAACAGAAGGUGGCCUAGGCUGGGGUCUGAGGACGAGCCGAGCCUCUCCCGUGCCCAGCUGUGGACACAGUCGCUCUCCUUGCCUUCCUGCGGGGUGAACGCCGACGGCCAGGUGCUACAGGGGAGCCACUCCCCAGAACCCCUCCAGGUCUAGAGAGCAGCUGUGGCAGCAGCCCCUUCCCCAGGCAUGGCCUCUGCCCCGUGCCGCAGCCUGGCCCAGACCUUGGCCUGGGCAGCAGGUCUGGACACUCGGGCCAGGGUUGGGACUCGUGCCUGCGGUCUCAAGACAGCAGCCUGGCUGGAAUGAAGCCGGUCUUUCUGGAAAUAAAGCUGUAAGGGAAGCGACAGCCCUCCCAGA